AUGACAAAAAUUUUUGCAUUAAGUUCAAAUGUGAAAGAAGGCGAUGAAAAAUCAAAAGAAAUGGAAGGAAUUACAAUAUCAUCGACAACACCACAAACUACCCUUUAUCCUAUUACUCUUCCUAUCUCAUCCAUUGUUGCUAAGAAAAGAUAUGGUACAUCACAUUUAUUCCUAAUUUUACUAUCUUUAAUAACAAUUUCAAUUCUUUUCUAUAUGAUUCCUGAUUUCUUCUAUAAACGAGUUCAUCAUCUUGUCUCAAAUGAAGUUACCGUAAGUGGUUCAACGUCACCAUGGAUACUUCAACCAGAUAAAUUUGAUAUGACAGAAGACGAUGAUACACAUAUUUCAUCUAAAUUUGAUUCAUUUGAUGUAUCCGAUAAAAUGAAUCGAAUGAAUUAUCAGAAUAGAGAUAUGAUACAGCGUAAUCAUGGUGAUAAUCGUAGUAUCAAAAAUCAAGAUGACAGUGAAAAUACAGUGACAAAUGAUAAUGAAGAAAUGAAACAACAGGAUAAUAUAGCAGUACCUAAUCGUAUUGAAGCAAUGAAAGCGAUUACAACAUUAUUGGAAAUUCCUGGUGUUCAACGAGUGACUGUUGUUCAAAAUAAUGAUAGAAUACCUGAAAAUAUAAUGAUGAAACCUGAAUUUGUUGUACCUGAUGAAAAAAGCAAUAAUCUAGAUGACAUACCGCUAUCAAUUAUAUCAUCAGCGAAAAGUUUGUCUCAAUUGCGAGUUCCACCUCCACCACAAAUGGAAAUGAAAGAAUGGGAAUUGAUGAACUAUCGUCGAGCAAUAAGAGAAUGGCUUUUGCGUCGUGAAAUGUUCAGAAGACGAAUGUUAGCUGAAAUGGAACGAGAGCGUCAAGAAGCAGCGGAGCGCAAAAUGUCACAAUUUAUUAUGGGACUUCAACUACAGGAACAACAUGAAUUACCACAAGUUGAACAAUUACAAUCAAUGCUACAAAUGCUUGCAUUAGCACGAAUGAAUUCAAUGCCAAAUGCGCCAAAUGCGCCAUGGAUGAAUAAUGUACAAUCAUCAAUGGAUGCAAAUCAACGUAAUGCGCCAAUGAUAACUAUGAUAUCACCGCCUGUGCUAAUACGUCGAAUUCCUCCAAUGUAUCCUUUCAUAACUCCCAAACAACAACAACAACAACAACAACAACAACAAGAGCAACAAGAGCAACAACAACAACCGGCAAUAAUUCCAAUCAAAUUAAUGCCACCACAAAUCCUGAACCGAGAAGAGCCAAUAAUUCAACCAAUUGGAUUAAAUUCAGUAAAGCCAAACAUUACACCGUUGCAAAUUCGUGAUGAUACUAUUAAUAGGCUUGAUUUGGAGCAGAAGAAGAUACCUGUACCUGUACCCGUAUCUGUAGUUGAUCAGCCAGUACCAAUGACACUUGAUGGAACUCCAGAUCGUGAUAUUAUCUUUAAAGAAUUACGAUCACGUGCACAGAUGCAACAACAAAUGUCACAAAAUGCUCUACCAGCAGCAAUGAUACCACCUUUAAUUCCAAAUAUUGUUCCAGCAACACAAAUUAAUUCAGAUGAGAUUUUUCGUGAAAUGCAACAUCGAGCUCUUCAAAUGCAAAUUGAGCAAGAUCGAUUAGAAUCUGAACAACAACGAGUAGAAAAAGAAAAAAGUUUGGAUGCUGAAAUACCAGUGCUAAUGAUUGCUGAUACAUUUCCGAGACGUUCGAUUGAACCGAUAACAGAACGAACAUCAGAUGAAAAUGCUGCUGAAAUAACAACAACAACAACAAAAACAAAAACUACUACUACUGCUACUGCUGCUGCUAAUUCUGAACUGAUAACAAAAGAUGAUAAUUCUGGUAGCUCAUCGGAAUCUCUUUCAGCUUUUCUCAACAUUUUCAAUAAAGGAAUACAAGGAAGUGAAAUUACCAAUUCUCCUAACAAAGAGCAAAAAAUAACCAUAAAAAAUGAUGAUAUUAAAGUUGAAUCGGAACAUUUAGCGGAAGAAAAUACAUUUGCUGAUAUACCAGUAACUGGAAAUGAUGGAACUGAAUUAAUUAUAAAGCCAGAUGAAACUGUACCACAAGUUAAUUUCAUUCAAGAAUUUGCUACAACAGAAGCUCCAGCAAAUAUAGAUACCUCAGAUGAGGCUCAUUCGGAAAUGUUCAAAUCAGUGGCAUUUCAAGGUGAAUCAGAUGAUGUGCACAGUAAUGAUAUGUUGGGCACUCCAAUAAGAUUGCUCCAAACUUCACAGAUUCAAUAA